UUUAAGAGAUGUGUCCAAGAAGAACCGCUUACUGCAUGAUCUGUCUGAUGUGACUCAGUAGCACCAGUCGGCUGUGCUGCCGGUUCCCUAAACUGUAGAAGAGAAGGACGUUGCGGCUAAAUUAUAUUGUUUUUCCAGUCUGCUUAUAUUUUUGUUACUGCCGGUGAACAAUGGAAAAGCUGUCAGCAGAAAUUUCUGGUGUCCCUCCUCUUUUCCACUGCGGUAGAUCAUUGUUUUUGAUGCUGGUGUUGUGUAGGAGUGCAGGGAUGGACCUGAUCUUUUUGGAUUUCUGCUAGAAAACACGCAGAGGACCUGCGUUAUAUUAUUCGUUUUGCCUUGUUCAACAGCAGAUGUAUUUGGUGUUGCCAUUCAAGCAGAACUAUGGUGAAAUUGCCAGCGCUCACACAUUACUGGCCUCUCAUCCGCUUUCUGGUCCCUCUGGCAAUUACAAAUAUAGCCAUUGACCUCGGGGAACAGGCCUUGAAUAGGGGCAUUGCAGCUGUAAAAGAAGAUGCAAUCGAGAUGCUGGCCAGUUAUGGGCUUGCCUAUUCCCUGAUGAAAUUCUUCACGGGUCCAAUGAGCGACUUCAAGAACGUGGGCCUGGUAUUUGUGAACAGCAAGCGGGACCGCACCAAGGCUGUCGUCUGCAUGGUCGCAGCAGGCACUGUAGCCAUCAUUUUUCAUACACUCAUAGCUUAUACGGACCUGGGGUAUUACAUCAUUAAUAAACUUCAUCAUGUAGAUGAUUCAGUGGGGAAUAAAACUAGAAAGGCCUUUCUGUAUUUGGCUGCCUUCCCACUGCUAGAUGCUAUGGCUUGGACCCAUGCUGGCAUUUUGCUGAAACACAAGUUCAGUUUUCUAGUGGGAUGUGCUUCUAUCUCUGAUGUCAUAGCUCAGAUUGCUUUUGUAGCCAUUUUGCUUCACAGUCAUCUGGAGUGCCUGGAGCCUCUUCUCAUCCCUAUACUGUCCCUCUAUAUGGGAGCCUUGGUGCGCUUCACCAUUGUGGGCCUCGGCUACUACAGGAACAUCCAUGACACAAUCCCUGACAGCUGUGGGCCUGAAGUUGGGGGAGAUGCCACAUUCAAAAAGAUGCUGAACUUCUGGUGGCCACUGGCAUUAAUCCUUGCUACCCAGAGAAUAAGCAGACCCAUUGUCAAUCUCUUUGUGUCUCGUGAUCUUAAGGGAAGCUCAGCAGCCACAGAGGCCGUAGCGGUCCUGACAGCAACAUACCCAGUGGGUCACCUGCCCUAUGGCUGGCUAACAGAGCUGAGAGCAGUCUAUCCUGCAUUUGACAAGAAUAAUCCCAGCAAUAAACUGGUGAACAGUGGAACAACUGUCACCAAAGCACACAUCAAGAAGUUCACCUUUUUCUGUCUGACGCUCUCAGUGACGCUGUGCUUUUUGGUGUUCUGGACCCCGCAUGUUUCUGAGAAGAUCCUGGUGGAUAUUAUUGCGGUGGACCUCGCUUUCGCUGAGCUCUGUGUUGUUCCUCUUCGUAUCUUCUCUUUUUUCCCAAUACCAGUCACUAUGCGAGCACACCUAACCGGGUGGUUGAUGACACUGAAGAAGACCUUUGUACUGGCCCCCAGUUCAGUCCUGCGGCUCAUUGUUCUCAUCACUAGUCUCAUUGUGCUUCCUUACAUGGGGGUUCAUGGAGCCACUCUCGGUGUCGGUUCCCUGCUAGCUGGUUUCUUGGGGGAAUCCACCAUGGUAGCAAUAGCAGCCUUCUAUGUAUAUCGGAAACAGAAGAAGAAGAAGGAGGAUAGCGAUGACGAGACGGCAGUGGAGGGAGAAGACUCGGCUCCAAUGAAUGAAGUCGGGCCCAGGGAGGAAACUGAUGACAUUGUGGAGCUGAGGGAGGAGGACGAAUAAAGACAGGAGGAGGGGGAGAGCAGACUGCAGGAACAGUCUGAACUUGCUUCUGCCACCGCCCGCUUUCUCUCCCCCAGCUCAAUGUUGCUCAAGUUCCAUUUCUGUUGCGCACAGUGGAAAUGCUUGCCGGGGGGGAUACAGCGAGGAGGCCUUUACUUGCAUGCGGUGGCUAUUCCGUUAAUUUCCCUUGCUGAUGAGAACCGUGGCCACGGUACACCCCCUCCCCUCAGAGUUUUGUAGCUUCCAGCGGAUACUGUCUGCACAAGACAGAAAAGAUACCUGUACCAAAGCACUGUCGUACAUCCACCUUUACCUUUCUCUUCUCUGCUGUUAUUUUGCGCUGCCGUCCUAUACUUUUAAGAAAACACAAAAGAACUGCAAGUGUAAAACUUUAUAUCACAUCUUUAUUCAGUUGCUUGAAAAAAAAGACUUCUGAUCUUGAAUGUAGAAGAAAAAAGAAAUGCAUUGAGGUCUCUAUAUAGACCUGUGCGCUUUUAUUUGCCAUAGUGCUGCUAAUUACCAGUUACGCUGUAGUUGGUAAAAAAAAAACUGGCAUAGCAGUUAGAAUGAGGCUUAUUUUUUAUUUUUAUUUAAGUACCAAACUCAUUUUCUGAAACCAUCAGUGUUUAAAGAUUUGGGAGUGUAGGGUUUGUGCUUAACUUAAAUUACAUUUAAAGGGAGUUUUUAAAUAAUAUAAUAGUUAAAAAGUUGUAACUGUUUAAAUAUUGUUCAUGGUUUAUUUUGUAAGGGUGAGAUAUAAAUGCAACGGCCGGGGUCAGACAGCCAAAUGUUGGCUGCUUGACUUUUUAUUAUGUUUGUCAGUCAAGUUUCUUGAAUCUGAGAAUCUAUUUUUUUAAUAGAUAUAACAUUAAGCUGUCAGUCAUUAAAACACACAUUUACAGCUUAGGAAUGCCCCUGAACUCAUAAAGUAUCCAAAGCAUCUAAAUGUGCUGUUAUACACUCGUGGCAUACAAGUGUAUUUCAUAUCCCUGUGUCUACCACACACUGUGGGCAUUAACAUCUCAACAUAACUUUGCUUUGGUGGUCUCGAGAGGGAAAGACUUUAUGUCCCUGUGCUUAGAAAUAAAGAGUAUAAGUGAAAACACCUUUUUCUGAUUUUAAACGGUGAUAAAGUGGUGCAUGAAGUGGCAUUUUUUUUAAAGUUGAAAAUCAAGUUGUGUGCUUUAACCUAACCUGUAGACUAGAGGAUUCAUUCAAAAUUGUUGUUUCAGGGAAUAUGGUUAGUAUAAAAAAAAAAUCUAAAUAUUGUUCAUUUCUAAAUAUUUACAUGAAGUAGUAGCUGACUAUGCAGAUAUAUUUGAUCAACCUGUACACACUGGGAUGAGCCACAGCUGGAUCAACAACCUAUCCUUGGUUACCCUGGAAAAUAAGGGUGGGGGAGGGUGAGGCAUUUCAGGGUGAUUUCCUGAUACUGUUAAAGAAUCAAACAUCCAGCUGUGGAAAUCCAUUUAAUUUGUAUCUGGCUCUUCUCUGUAGAAUUUUGCUUAACAUUUGACAAGGCAAUGUCUUUGAACAUAUGGGGAGAUUAUAUACAGGAACAGAACCCAGCAAAUAGUAUGGCUGUGAAGGCAGGCGGCACACAUCAGACACAGUGAGGUAGAGCACCUAGACCAUGGAAUAAAUGUCUUAUAUAUAUAUAUAUAUAUAUAUAUAUAUAUAUAUAUAUAUAUAUAGUAGCGUGUACAGGGGAAGGCAGCAGCAGGGCUGGGUGACGUAAUCAUACACGAAGACAUAAGCCUGAUAUACACUCCUUGCAAAGGAGCCGGCUCGUUUGGAGAGCGGUAUGGGCGCUAUGCUUCAGUGGGAUAGAUCCCAGGUUCGUACCCGCUCUUCCCCUGUGUGUGGAUUGUCUCGCACUGUGUGAUGCACCUGCCUGCGUUAACUGAGAACGCUUUCAUAUAUAUUAAUAAUCGAUGCAUCAACAACAUUUUUUCAUUAAGAUUUUUUCAUGUUUUUAAAGUAAGAUAAUUGUGUAGCUUUCAUUUUUAAAUCAGGAACAUGUAUAUAAAAUACUUUAGGGGGGCAACGAAGUGUACAUUUUGACGUUCGGAACACAUUACCGAAGGAAGGUUCGAACCUUCGAUGGUACUCAUUUGCAUAAUUUACUGGUGACGUCAGCAUAACUACUUGUUUAUAUUUGAUUGAAAAUCCUAUUUUACAGGUAAUCCAUAUAAAUGGAAUAAAACAUUCACAUGUACUUUAAAAAUACGUUAUAUAGAACAAUAAUCAUGUUUUUUAUAAUUUAAAUAAAAAUAAAAAUACACGUUGUUUAUUUACAUGUAACUGAAGAUGAUACAAGUCGCUUGCACAGUUUGCAUUAAACCUUUUUUUUGGGGGGGGGGGGUUGUCUGGGCAUGUAACAAAAAAAGUCCCAAACAGCAGAGGGGUUUCGAGAUAUUUCUUUCAAUACAGUUUACGCUGUACAACGCUUUGCUGUCGAUGGAGAAUGAAGAAAUUAAAGGUUUCCUUCUGGAUAACAACACAAGCUGGAGGGGGGAGAGACGGACGGAGCUCAGUUUUCGAAAUUAAAAUUAUUUCUGUUAUCGUA